UGUCGUAAAUUUGCCUCUCGUGUGCGAGGAUUCGAACGUGAAGUGCUGAUGUGGAAACAUUGUACAUAUUGCUUGCGGAUUAAUCCAAAAUGAUCUAGAUUCCAGUAAAAACCGCACAGGUUUAGCUCUAAGAAUUAAAUUCAAUUGUUUUGAAAGAGACCAGUCGGGCAGUAUCGAUUGAAUAUGUGCCCUGCACAAAUGAACGAGAAAUUGACCAUUGGCUAAUUGGAUUUCUCGCAUUGUUUUUAUGGAUUUGCCUGUUGAAUAUCCCCUCCUCUUCUGCCUUGGUUUUGUGGGUUUUCGGGCCAGAUAAUUAUUUGACUUCUCAUAACCUCUUUCGCCCAUAUUCAGUUCAAUCUGGAAAGAAACGCAGCCGAGCGAUAUACCGUCGUAUAUAUAUACGGAGACGUCUCUUACUACGGCGUGAUAUACCAGCGAAAAGUUUUUGGGCUACAUAGCUGUAUAUCCUAAUUUGGCUAGUGGAUUGUCGUUUUGGCCUCUUAAUGGUCGGUCUUUAGAUAAAAAUGCCACCCAGAUGAUUUUGUACUGUAGAAACUGAUCUGCAUAGCUGAUUGUUAUACGUUUUGGUGGGAAGCCAUUUCUUAAUUAGAAAAUACGAAAUCCACUAUGGCAGCAUUCAUUGAUUCCGUUACGAAUCGAAAGUUGAUUUACUUUGGACUGUUUAUUUUACUUAUCCAAAUCGGAUUCUUCGUUAUUGGCGGAAUUAUAGCGCCGUCACCGUCAAACGUUUCGCCGAUGCUCAGCGUAAAAUGCUUGGAUGACCAGAAGGGACCGAGAGACCGUUGGUUUUAUCCACGCGGCAAAGAUCGGUCCAAAACAUGCCAGCAGAUCCACGAUUUCGGAGAAGAAACUGUUCAGAAAAUGAAACUGAAUGCGUCGAAUAUAGUUUUUGCCGUUCAGUUUCCUAUCCCUCGCGAUGGCCAAGAACUGACCAUGUCCCGUUGGUUUCAAGGUUUGCUCGGCGUUCUGCAUCCGGAAAUCGUUUAUCAAGGCGACGAUAAGACAAGCUUCAAACUGGAUAUCGAAAUCCACGCACGUAUUGGUUACCGCAACAAGGAAGAUCCGGAAGAUGCUUGGAAGGAAAUUGAUCGGUCGGUGGAAACACGACAGCUUGAAUGCAGCAUCGAAGAACGUCACAAGGAUUAUUUGUACAACUGUACUCCCGUUGCCCUUUUUGAACUGGGAAGUUCCUAUCACGACUUUUAUCUGUUAAAUCUUCGCCUGCCCGUGCAUAACUCCAAUGGGACGUUAUCGGGGAAAAAUACAGGGCUGGGACAACUGCAAGAUUUAUGGGUGGUGGAAAUCCAUCAAAACGGCGGUUUCACGCGAGUUUGGUUUUCGGUGAAGACCGUCCUGUUUCCGUUCGUCUUUGUAGCUGUUUGCUGGUUUUGGACGAAAAUACGAAACUUACCCAAGGCUCCGCGGUUACUGGAGAAAAUGCUGUUUACCUUGGGACUGGCUAUGUUGUUACUGGAUCUGCCUUUGGAGUUUCUGUCAUUGCUAUUCGACAUACCGGCAAUUCUCUUGAUUUCCGACAUCCGGCAGGGCAUCUUUUAUUCCAUCUUGCUGGCGUUCUGGAUAAUUUUUGCCGGAGAAUAUCAAAUGGACGACGUGUUGAGAGACAGCAUUUUUUUCUACUGGAAACACUUGGGCGCCGUUGGUUUUGGAUGCAUCUGCUUGUUUGUAUUUGAUAUGUGUGAGAGAGGAGUGCAGCUGACGAAUGCCUUCUACUCAAUAUGGGCUACUCCCACUGGAACGAAUCUUGCCAUGGCGUUUAUCAUAGUGGCCGGCAUUUGUGCUUGCAUCUACUUUGUUUAUUUGACGGUCAUGAUCAGUUUUGCGCUGAGGAAUAUGUGGGACAAACGCAAGAAACUGCUUCAACUCGACGAGAAACGGAGAAAACAUUAUCAGAUGAUGAUAUUCCGCUUCCAGUUCCUGUUGCUUAUUUCGCUGCUGUGUGCCGCAUUAACUGUGAUAUCGUUCAUUAUUGGGCAGGUAAGCGAAAGCAGUUGGAAAUGGGGCGAUGAGGAAAGAGCUGGUCUGGAAUAUACCAGCGCGUUUUUUGUGGGCAUAUUUGCCAUGUGGAAUUUGUACGUAAUUACGUUGUUGAUCCUGUACUCGCCAGUGUCCACUCAUGAAGCACUGGAGAAUCCGACAGAGAAUUCCGAAGUCAUAGCACUGAACGCUGUUUCUGGAACAUCAAACGACUCAAUAUUGAUGACGGAUUUUGCUACUUCCGCAACCAGUUUCUUGCGUAAAGUAGCGGAAGAUUAGGAACCAACGUUGACGCUGAUUAUCAGUUUCUCUUCGUGGAAAAUCGGGCGGUAUACUGUACUGCUAACGGUUUCAUAGUAUGAAACUAGCAUAUGUAUGAAAUUCAUACAGUCUUACUUGCCGCAUGUAUUUAAGCCAUGUAAUGUUUAAGUUCACCUCAAAUUUCUGCUAGCUUCUUAUUUCUAACUUUGAAGGCCUUUUAAGAAACCGGAAUGAUUUGCAGCUCAUACUGUUGUGCUUUCUUAAAAAUAAUCUCAUUGUUUUGUUAAAACUGUUGUUAAACUUAUCGUCAACUGUUGCGUUUUGACCGUUUCGAAUGAUAAAAGCUGUUGACCGUAGGUACUUUAUAUUGCUAUACGCUUGUGACGGCUUGUCUAUAAAUGUGUAAGUGUUCAGUACUUAACUCCGGACAACAUCCGAAUAAUUUUUAUCUUGACUGGCUGGAUUACAUAACACUGUUGGAUAAAUACUGUACAGAUCUGUUAAUAAAACUCAUUAUACGUUGUGUAAAUCCAUCACAUGUGAUG